AUGAGGGUCCAGUUACUGGGGACUGACCGCCAGUGGGAUCCAAACACCCCAGAGGGCACGCAAAGGCUAAUCUGGUACAGAGCAGCCUUAAUGGAAGGAUUGAAAAAGGGAGCCCAGAAAGCUACAAACAUCAAUAAAGUCUCUGAGGUUAUUCAAGGGAAAGAAGAAAGCCCGGCACCGUUCUAUGAGAGGCUGUGGGAAGCCUAUCGCACCUAUCGUGUGUACAUUCCUUUUGAUCCUGAGAGCCCUGAAUACCAGCGCAUGGCACAUAUGGCAUUAGGCACUUAUGGAGAAGCUCCAUUUGAAGACCUCCAGGUAGAUUUCACUGAAAUGUACCAGUGCCGGCGACUUAAGUAUUUGUUGGUCCUGGUGUACACAUACUCCGUGUGGGUAGAGGCCUUCCUGACUAGGACUGAGAAGUCCUAUAAAGUAACCCAUGUGCUUCUUCGAGAGCUCAUCCUUAGGUUUGGACUGCCACUGUGCAUCAGAUCAGACAACACACCAGCAUUUGUGGCAGAUUUGGUCCGGAAAAACAGCAAUGGCAUUGGGUAUUACUUGGAAGCUGCACACUGCCUACCAACCACAGAGCUCUGGAAAGUGGAGCAGAUGAACCAGACCAUUAAGAAUAGCUUAGGGAAAAUGUGUCAGGAAACAGGAUUAAAAUCCAAAGUCGCUCAACUGUACUCCCAGUCCAGAAAACCUGUUUUAGAGUCUCUAGGGGAAGAAACCUUCAGAAAUCUGGGAGAGAGGAUGAGGGAGCAGCAGCAAGUGCCUUGUGAAUGCCUUCUAUGCUCCAUGAGCCGGAGAUUUAGAGAUUUCGUGCUGACAGUUCUCAAGUAUUUUGAGGAUUCCGAGUGUAAAUCAGGUUGGACUCUCAGGAGAGCCCCCACGGAGAUUACUGUGCUAUUUCUCAAGCAGUGUCCUAUCAGCGGUUUAUACAAAGAGAGAAUGACUGAACUGUAUGGUUAUCUCAAGUAUAGUUGCCACUUCAAGAAAGGAAAACAGUCUUUUUAUUUUUACAAUGCAGUUUUGCAGAACCAGCGAGUAUUAUAUGUACAGGAUUCCUUAGAGUGUGAGGCCAAAGGAUUCCUGGACCCCAAAAUACUGUCUGAUGAUGGCAUGGUGGCACUCUGAGGUUAUGCGUUUGGUGAAGAUGGUGAAUAUUCCUAUGGUCUGAGUGCCAGUGGCUCAGACUGGGUGAUGAUCAAGUUCAUGAAAGAUGAUGGUGCCAAAGAGCUUCCAGAUGUGCUCGAAAGAGUUAAGUUCAGCUGUAUGGUCUGGACCCAUGACAGGAAGAGAAUGUUCUACAACUCAUACCCCCAACAGGAUGGAAAAAGUGAUGGUACAGAGACAUCCACCAAUCUCCACCAAAAGCUCUACCAUCAUGUCUUGGGAACAGAUCAGUCAGAAGAGAUGUUGUGUGCUGAGUUUCCUGAUGAACCUAAAUGGAUGGGUGGAGCUGAGUUAUCAGAUGAUGACCGCUAUAUCUUGUUAUCAAUAAGGGAGGUAUGUGAUCCAGUAAACUGACUCUGGUACUGUGACCUACAGCAGGAAUCCAAUGGCAUCACUGGAAUCCUAAAAUGGGUAAAACUGAUAGACAACUUUGAAGGAGAAUAUAACUACGUGACCAAUGAGAGGAUGGUGUUCAUGUUCAAGACGAAUCGCCUUUCUCCCAACUAUCGCAUGAUCAACACUGACUUCAGGGACCCUGACGAGGCUCAGUGGAAAGUGCUUGCUCCUGAGCAUGAGAAAGAUGCCUUAGAAAGGGUAGCUUGUGUCAGGCCCAACUUCGUGGUCUUAUGCUACCUCCAUGACAUCAAGAACAUUCUGCAGCUCCACAACCUGACUACUGGUGCUCUCCUCAAGACCUUCCCGCUCCAGGUUGGCAGUGUCGUGGGGUACAGCAGUCAGAAGGAGGACACUGAAAACUUCUAUCAGUUUACUUCCUUUUUAUCUUCAGGUAUCAUUUAUCACUGUGAUCUUACCAAAGAGGAACUGGAGCCAAGAGUUUUCUGAGAGGAGGCCGUAAAAGGAAUCGAUGCUUCCGAUUACCAGAAAGUCCAGAUUUUCUACCCUAGCAAGCAUGGUAUGAAGAUUCCAAUGUUCACUGUGCAUAAAAAAGGCAUAAAAUUGGAUGGUUCUCCUCCCGCUUUCUUAUAUGGCUAUGGUGGCUUCAACAGAUGCAUCACACCCAACUACAGUGUUUCCAGGCUUAUUUUUGUGAGACACGUGGGUGGUAUCCUGGCAGUGGCCAACAUCAGAGGAGGUGGCAAAUAUGGAGAGAUGUGGCAUAAAGGUGGUAUCUUGGCCAACAAACAAAACUGCUUUGAUGACUUUCAGUGUGCUGCCGAGUAUCUGAUCAAGGAAGGUUACACAUCUGUCAAGAGGCUGACUAUUAAUGGAGGUUCAGACGGAGGCCUCUUAGUGGCUACUUGCGCAAAUCAGCGACCUGACCUCUUUGGUUGUGUUAUUGCCCAAGUUGGAGUAAUGGACAUGCUGAAGUUUCAUAAACAUACCAUUGGCCAGGCUUGGACCACUGAUUAUGGGUGCUCAGACAGCAAGCAAUACUUUGAAUGGCUUGUCAAAUACUCUCCAUUGCAUAAUGUGAAGUUACCAGAAGCCUGUGACGUCCAGUACCCGUCCAUGCUCCUCCUCAUUGCUGACCAUGAUGACCGCGUGGUCCCGCUUCACUCCCUGAAGUUCAUCGCCACCCUUCGGUACAUCAUGGGCUGCAGCAGGAAGCAAAGCAACCCUCUGCUUAUCCAUGUGGACCCCAAGGUGGCAGGAGCAGGGAAGCCCACAGCCAAAGUGAUAGAGGAAGUCUCAGACAUGUUUGCUUUCAUAGCACAGUGCCUGAACAUCAACUGGACUCCAUAAACAGUUUCCCACUCCCUCCUGACAGUGACAGAAAACCUCAAGGGCUUUCCCACUGUUCAAACCGAGAAACCACUGGGCAUAAUGCUUCCCCACGGAAACAUUGUUCCUGCACUCACAGACUACAGUCGAACAGAACUGC